GCACGCUUCAGUAGAUGCUCUUUUGCUUUUAUGAUCACGUAUUGGAGUCGUUCUGCUGUUUUCUGAUGCGUUUCCAUCAUGGGCUGCAGUUUGUGUGCUAUACGGCGAUCAGAUGAGAACUACAAACUCCUACAAACAACAUGUCAGAUAAAUGGAAAGAGUCUUUCAGUUGCCACCCAUGAUCAAGCAGUUGAGGCAUUCCAAACUACCGAAGAUCCCAUUGAGGUUGAGGUACUACGCAGGGUUACGCACAAGACUUGCAAGGCUCUCAAACCAGCCUGUGGAAUGGACAACAGCACUCAGACCAACAUUACACUGCAAUAUUUUAAACAUAUAGAGACUAUGGCCCAGUUACCAUCACCCACAACACCACAGAGUAUGGCUAUUCUGAAACAGUGUCAAAAAGCUAGAUGUGACUCACCUUACCCCCCAGACUUUGAUGACUGUGUAGAGAAAAACAUUGAGAGUAAAGGACUGGAAUAUGAGGAGGUGGAUCUCCAGAGGAAAAACACUCAGGAUAAGUUUGGCCUAAUGUUGUGUUACAAGAUGGAUGAUGAGAAGACUACCAUUUAUGUUAGCAAGAUUGAUCCAGAAGGAAUUGCAGCAAAGGAUGGUAGAAUCCAAGAAGGAGACCAGAUCAUCCAGAUCAAUGGAGAAGAUAUUCAGAGCCAUAAGGUGGCAGUAGCACUUCUGACCACGGAGGACAGUAAGAAUGUGUCCAUCCUAGUAGCUCGACCAAAAAGACAGGAUGUUUGCUGGUUGGAGGAGGACUUGAAAAUGGGCAUUUUUGAGCAACUGAAUGACAAGGUCAAAGAGUUUGAUACAAGUAUGCUGCAGCAGAGCACACGUGAAGAAGAUGGAGGCACUACUGAUACAGCAACCUUAUUGUCCAACCAUCAUGAAAAAGACAGUGGUGUAGGCCGCACUGAUGAAAGCACUCGUAAUGAUGAAAGCUCCGAGCAGGACAUCUUAGGGGAUGACCAGAAUUCUCUUUGUGACACCCUCACAGAAAACCAUAAGAAGUUCAGCUAUAGCCAGGACACAUUGGAAUGUGGGGACAUGCACUUAAGCAAUGAAUCCUUCCUUUCAGUUGACAAUGGAGACAAUGGAAACUUCAUUGGUAUACCUGGCACUGCAUGCGAACGUUUCCGGAAACUGCUUGAAUUGAAAUGUCUUAUGAACAGCAACAAUCUUCAAGGACUGCUGGAGCACGAUGCUACACAAUAUGGAAAGAGGAUUAGUGUAGACUGUGAUGAUCAAGAGGAUCAGAUGCUUAAUGAGCAAUUGUUGAACAUUGAGCUGGAAUGUCUGAGUAUAAUACAAGCACACAGGCUUCAGGAUGAAGAUAGUGGUCCACAAGCCAAAGAUCCCUGCACAAAGCACUUCAUUCAACAACUAAAUGAUAAAGAUCACCACGACCUCUUAAAUAACAAGGUGGACAACGAAUGCUUUACUAGUGCUUAUAACACUGGAGAGAGCUGUUGGAGCUUACAGCCUGCUUUGGAGUCACAUUCUCCUGAAUCCCAAAGGAUGCUAAUUGGAGACAAGGGUAAAGGUUCACCUAUGAUUAGAUGCAACUCAACGACAGCAUGUUCAAAACAUAACCUCUCUCCUAUUCGGGAGAUCAGCCCCACCAAGAGUUUAGCCGGAGAUCCAGAGGUAACAAAUCAGGGCAAACGAAAGCAGAAUAAGAGGAAGAACCCAAGGUCUUCUUUACAUCAUUCCUCAUACAAGAACACCUACAUCCCAGCCCAUGCACAACAUUACCAAAGCUACAUGCAACUUAUUCAGCAAAAGUCAGCUGUGGAAUACGCCCACAGUCAAGUGAGCAUAGCCAGCCUUUGCAAGAAUCCAGAAAACACUACAACUGAUUCCAGGCCCAAGUUGGGGUGGAAGGUAAAGGUCCGUAAUGACGGAACAAAGUACAUUACUCGAAGACCCAUUAGGGACCAGCUGCUAAAGGAGCGUGCUUCGCGUAUUCGAGAAGAGCGCUACAGCAUAACUACAGACGAUGAUGCAGGAAGCGAACUCAAACUGGGUAGAUAUUGGAACAAGAAGGAACGCAAGCAACAUGCCGUGCAAGCCAAGGAACAGCAGCAGCAACGGGAACUCAUGAAGCAGUGCUACAUGGAGAACAAGGGAAAAACAGGAACACUCAACAACAAAGAGCCUGACAUCAUCCAGCUUAGCCGUAAAAAGAUGAUGAAGAGGAGGAAUAAGAGGAUAUUUGACAACUGGAUGACCAUUCAGGAGCUGCUGACACAUGGAACAAAAUCCACAGAUGGGACUAAGCUAUAUAAUUCCUUUCUCUCUGUGACAACAGUGUAAGGGAUGUCAACCUCAGUUCCUGAAGGGGCCACAGCCCUGCAGUUUAGUGCCAACACAUUUACCUGUAGGUUUAAAACAAGCCUGAAAGACUCAAUUAGUUUGAUCAGGUGUGUUUAAUUAGGGUUGGAACUAAACUGUGCAGAGCUGCGGCCCUUCAGGAACUGAGCUUGACACCUGUGGAUUACACAAUGGUUCAGGGCACUUUACAAGUUUACUGUGUAAAAUUUUGUGCAGACUGGUGUGGGAAGACUUGCCUCAUUUAAGGGGUCAUUUAGGUACUUGUAAACCUACCGAGAUUUGUGUGACAGCAGUUCGAAUACAGCAAUGAUGAAUUCCAAGUAUCUAUUUCAAAUCUUAAUACUUUACAAAACUUUCAGCUGCACCAAAAUUAAUUUUUGUACCCAAAUUUCAUAUUGGGCAACUUAUCCUAGUUUAUGCAAUAACUCAUGCAAAACCUUUUUUACAGUAUGCUCUUAUUUUCAGUUAUUUCCGCUUGCAUAUCACCCACUUAUGCUGCGUUCAUACCAGACGCGAGUGAUUUACAUGUUAAGUCAAUGCAAAGACGCGAGUGGACAUCCUGCUGCAUGAAAAGUGCGAAUUACACAAUUCGCGUGAAUGAAGCGGCGCGAGUUGAGUGUUUUGCACGUUUGAUAGUAUCGUGCGUUACGUUCAAGUUGGAAAAAUCUGAACUUCAGCGGACAUUCUCACUGCGUUAACCAAUCAGGAGCUUUCUCUUGUUGGGUCGUGAUCAUGAUGUAGCACCUGUUGUUGGUGACCCAAAGGGAAAUCCUUCUGCCGACAGCGACAACAAUUCAUCAAACUGGGCUCGGCUCAGUCGGAAGCACUACUGAAAGCUUCCAUCACCCAGGUACAGUUUCUGGAAGAGUUGAUGAUCUCACAGAGCUGGGUGCACCUCUAAAGGAAUCUAGCGGACGAAUAUAUACACUGUUUUUAGCCUUCCUAAAGAAUAUAAACACAGCUAUUCUCUCAAUAAAAUCCAUGUUAGCCAUUUAGCAACAAAACUAGAGUCAGCGGGCAAACAGAAGUCCUGCCCAUGACACAAAUCCACAUCUAUUGUGAGGCGAUUCUGAUUAGCGAAUGAAGCGAGUAAACUAAAAAUAUUCACAUGUCUAUUUACACGUGAAUUGCAACAUUUAUUCAUGUGUUCUGCGCCUGGUGUGAACACAGCAUUAUAUGAGAUGGCUAUCAGUUUUAGGCUUCACCUAGCAAUCCACCUAGCAAACCUAGCAUUUGCAAUCCAAAUUAAUUGAGUCGGUGAUCUAAAAUCAGACAAACGUUUAGAAAUGUCUCAGCUUGCCACAGAUUAAGCAUGUCACCGAUUUUAAU